GAUCAUGCAACUCAAUUGUGCAAACGAGCUUUAUCAAGCUGUUAAAUAAAAACUACGUACACAGCAGCAAUCGGAUCCGUUAUUGAAUGAUCAAAUAAGUUGCAAACAAACAAACCACAGUUGAGAAAGAAGAAGAAGAAGAAGAAGAAGAAAGGGCUCGGAUGAGUGCCGUCAAAGGGAGAAGCCUAAGUUCUCUGUUCCUCCGCUCAGGCCCGGCGGUCAAAAUCAAAUCCAAACCCAAAACCAAACACUCGUCCUCUUCCUCUUCCUCUUGCUUGCCCAAGGCCGACGACGCUAAUCCCGAACAGCACGUGUCCUCGCUCGGCGCUUUCACCUCCCAAGACGCCACUAAGCGCCCCAUUAAUUCCCUGCUUCGGUCUUCAAACUCCACAUCUGGGAAUUGUAAGAACCAGCUACCGGAUACGAUACGCUCUUUGCUGAAGAGCCCUAUUUUGGAUAAUUCACCUGAUCUGCUAGAAAUUCCUGGUGAGCAAGAAAUUCCCGGUGAGAGAUCAUUGGAAAAAGAAUUAGAUGUAUCAUUGUUUGGAGUUGAUUUGAAAAAUAACAUAUCAUCUCGCCGUAAAGAAGUAAGUCGUCAAAGGAAACAAAAGUGGAUUUUCAAAUCCUCCCAGGAAAAUCGUUUCAAUAGCUUGGUUAGAAUGUGUGCAGAGAAGCUAGGAACAGAAACUGCCGUUGAGGUUUUUGGUAAGAUGGGAAAAGAAACUGGUGUAAAAGAGUAUAAUGCAUUAAUAAACAUAUGCGUAAAGAAUGCUAAGGAUAGUAUUGAUGAAGAGGUUGCACUGCAACAAAUUCACAAGGCUUUUCUACUUUUUAAAUCAAUAAAGGAACAAGGUUUUCAGCUAGAAGAGGAAACUUAUGGUCCAUUUCUUGGAUAUUUAAUUGAGAUGGGCAUGGUCAAAGAAUUCCAUUUUUUUUGUGAAGUCAUCAAAGGGGAGAAUCCCUGUUCACUUUCGAGGUUGGGUUACUAUGAAAUGCUGCUAUGGAUCAGAGUUGAUAAUAAAGAAAAGAUUCAAGAGCUAUGUAAUUACGUUAUGACUGGUGAUGGGGAAAACAAGUUAAGUUUACUGGAAAAUUAUUUGUUAGCACUCUGUGAAAGUGAACGGAAGAAGGAGCUUUUGCAGAUAUUAGAAGUUGUGGAUGUCACAAAAUUCUCAUCAGUGGAAUGUAUAGCAAGUAUCUUUAACAUCUUAGGAAAGCUAAUAAUGGAGUCAUUUGCAGAGAAUUUAUUCAUGGCCUUGAGAGCUUGCGAUUAUGGAGAAGAAAAGAUUACAAAGUUCAUCUAUAGUUAUGUUGUUGGCAUUCCAAAUUUAGCGGUUGAGGAUGUCAUUUCAAACUUCAAAAACUUACAUGUGAAACUGGAGGUGUCACUUUCAUGUGCAUCAUAUGAGAAGCUUAUUGCGUAUUGUUGUGAUUCACAUGAGGUGCAUGUGGCUCUUGAUUUGGUCGAUGAAAUUUGUCAAAAGGGUUUGGACUUGUCCAUCGAGGUACUACACUCCAUUUUCCGUGCUAUGGAAGAGACUUCUAAUUUUAAUCUGGUUCACCGGGUCUACUCAGUGAUUUGUCACCAGACUUUGAAGCCAAAUAAUGAAACAUUCAGGCUUAUGAUAACUUUAUGCGUCAAAAUGAAAGAUUUUGAUGGUGCAUAUGGAAUGCUCAAUGAUUUGGAGAAAAUGAACUUGAGGCCAACAGCUAACAUGUACAAUGCCAUAUUGGGAGGAUACUUCAGAGAGAAGAAUACAUAUAGUGCAAAGAAGCUUCUCAAGCAAAUGGAAGAAGCAGAUGUAAAACGAGAUUCCUUGACUUAUUGUUAUUUACUAAGCAACUGUGAGUCUGAAGAUGAUAUCAAAAAGUACUAUGAAGAGAUGAAGCGUUCUGGAAUUGAUGAUACAAAGCAUGUUUUCAUGGCACUCAUAAAUGCAUAUGCAAGUUUGGGACAGUUUGAGAAAGCAAAACAGGUAGUUUCAGAUAAGGGUAUUUCUGAUAAAAGCUGGAAUGAAAUUAAUAGUGCACUUGCGCAAGCUCUUUCCGAAAAUGGGCAGUGGUUUGAUGCACUUGAUAUAUAUAAACAGAUUGGAUCUGCUUUGGAGCCCAAAGCUGUAAUCAGUCUUAUUGAGAACGUUCCAUCUGAUGGAGAGUUGAGUACAUUGCUCAAACUACUUGAGGAAAUAAAUGCUUCAAACUAUUGGGUCGAUGGUUGCUGCAGAGUUAUCUUGUAUUGUGUUCGAUACAAGCAUUUAAGUCCUGCCAUCAACUUGCUCAAGCAACUGAGGGAUAAAUUUUGUAACGACGAAUUGGUUCAUGAAAGUCUUUUUGAUGAGGUGUUUUGUCUAAUUGGAGAUUCAGAUCCUACCUAUUUGCAAAUGGGGUUGGACUUGCUUAGAGUUGUCAAAAAUGACUUUGGCAUCACCCCUUCACGUAAAUGUCUUGACUUUCUUCUCCAUGCAUGUGUGAAUGCCAAAGAUCUGCGUAAUUCAAAAUUGGUCUGGAAAGAAUAUAAAGAAGCAGGCCUUCCUUACAACAUUUUGAAUUUCUUGAGAAUGUAUCAAGCAUUUUUGGCUGCAGGGGACCAUAAGGCUGCAAAGAUCUUUCUCACUCACGUUCCUAAAGACGACCCAGAUGUUCGGCGUGUCAUUAGAGAAUGUGAAACAAGUUACAGUCAAAUGUCCAUCUAUACCAGUGAGACUGAGAAAAAGAAGAAAAAUAGAAGUAAGACGAGGAUUUAACAUGAUUUAGAAUUAACGGUUAUGGAGUAUAAUGUACAUAUAAAUGAGAGCAAUUUUUUUUGUCCAUUGGUAGAGAAAGAAAGAUGAGCCAGCAAGAGCCUUCUAUUCUGAAUAGGUGUUGCAUCCAAGUUGUGUUGGAGUUUUAGUUCUAAUAUAUUAACAUUCUUUGAAUUCAAUCCAAAUAUCCGACCCUGUUCCUCUUUGAUAAAUUCCCUUGUUUGGAUAACAAAA